UUAAUUUAAUUUCGGUUAGUCAACUCACAUUGAUUGCUCUAUAACCUUUACUGCCAAUUCUUUUUGUAUACAGAACCAGAGUACGGGACGGACAAUUGGCACAGGAUAUGAGGCACAUGGUCUCUACUAUUUCGAGUCUCCACCUUCUGUUGUUUGCACAGCUACAGAGUCUCCAAGUCUAAUUCAUCGUCGUUUGGGUCACCCAAAUUUAAAUAAGUUAAAGAAAAUGGUUCCCGGUCUCUCUCGUGUACAAUCUUUGGAGUGUGAGUCAUGUCAGUUGGGAAAACAUGUCCGUUCUACCUUUCCAAGUCAAGGUCACCGCCAGGCAAGUUCUCCCUUUGGUCUUGUUCAUUCCGAUGUGUGGGGUCCAAGUCGUGUCAGUUCUACUUUGGGGUUCAGAUAUUUCGUUACUUUCAUCGAUGAUUUUUCAAGAUGUACGUGGAUUUUCUUGAUGAAAGAACGUUCAGAGCUAUUUACCAUAUUUCAGAAUUUCUGUAAUGAAAUUCGAACUCAGUUUGGGCUUUCUAUUCGUAUCUUGCGCAGUGACAAUGCAAAAGAGUAUUUUUCUGCUCCAUUCAAUAAUUUUAUGACAUCUUAUGGUAUGGUUCAUCAAUCAUCAUGUCCUCUUACCCCUCAACAGAAUGGUAUUGCAGACAGAAAACAUCGUGUCGUAUUAUUGAAACUGCACGUACCUUGUUGAUUCAUGCCAAUGCACCUCUGAAAUUUUGGGGCGAUGCAGUUCUUACGGCUAAUUAUUUGAUUAAUAGAAUGCCUUCUUCUUCUUUAGAUAACAAAGUACCCCACUCUCUCUUAUUUCCUAAUGAACCUUUAUAUAAAGUUUCUCCUCGUAUCUUUGGUUCUACAUGUUUUGUUCAUGAUCUAACUCCGGGUCUUGAUAAGUUGAAGGCUCGUGCAAUUAAGUGUAUCUUUCUUGGUUAUUCUCGAGUACAAAAAGGGUACCGAUGUUAUUCUCCUUCCACUCAGCGUUUCUACAUAUUUGCAGAUGUCACUUUUUUUGAAGAUACUCCAUUCUUCACUUCAACAAUGUCACAAGAAUCUAUCUCUGAAGUAUUACCCGUUCCCCCUGUUUCAUUUGUUCCUAACUUGUCAGCGUCAGAUACACCAAAUACUUCAGAGUCUUCCAUCCCUCCAAAGUCAGAGUCUUCUAUACCACCAGAGUCUUCCAUCCCUUCAGCUCCUCCCCUUUAAUUACUUAUCAGCGCCGUCCCCGUCCUGCACAAGUGGAGGAAAUCGUCGUUGAAGAGACCAAUGCUUCAUCUCAUGUUCCAAUCUCUCAACCUGCUUCAGACCGAGUUGAACCGCCUGUAGACCCACAAAUAUCUCUUCGCAAAGGUACUCGUUCUACUCGAAACCCUUAUCCCAUUUAUAACUGUUUGAGUUAUCAUCGCAUAUCUCCUUCCCAUUAUGCUUUUGUGUCUGCUAUUUCUUCCGUGUCCAUUCCAAAAACUGUACAGGAAGCACUUUCUCACCCAGGAUGGCGUCAAGCUAUGAUUGAUGAGAUGACAGCUCUAGAAUCUAACCAGACUUGGACUCUUGUCCCCUCACCUUCAGAGAAAUCUAUAGUUGGUUGUCGGUGGGUAUUCGCCAUCAAGGUAGGACCGGAUGGUCAAAUUGAUUGAUUGAAAGCUCGUCUUGUAGCUAAAGGCUAUACUCAAAUUUUUGGUUUGGACUAUGGUGACACUUUUUCUCCGGUUGCAAAGAUGACUUCUGUCCGAUUGAAAGCUCGUCUUGUAGGAAAAAAAUGCUUUUUUACAUGGUGAUUUAGCUGAAGAGGUGUCUAUAUGGAGCAACCACCUGGGUUUGUUGCUCAGGGGGAGUCUCGUGGCUUUGUUUGUAGGUUGCAGAAAGCUUUAUAUGGUCUGAAGCAGAGUCCUAGAGCAUGGUUUGGUAGAUUAAGUUCAGUUCUUCAUAAAUUCGGCAUGGUCCGUAGCGAAGCCGACCAUUCAGUGUUUUAUAGACAUUCAUCUACUAACCAAUGCAUUUAUCUUGUUGUUUAUGUGGACGACAUUGUUAUCACAAGAGAUGACCAAAGAGGUAUUUGUGAUCUCAAACAACAUUUGUUUCAGCACUUCCAAACCAAGGACUUGGGUCGACUAAAGUAUUUUCUUGGAAUUGAAGUAGCCCAGUCAAAAUCAGGUAUUGCCAUCUCUCGGAGGAAGUAUGCUCUUGACAUUUUGGAGGAGACUGGGGUGUUAAAUUGCAAACCCAUUGACACACCUAUGGAUCCAAAUACCAAGCUUAUGCCAAAUCAGGGGGAGUCUUUUUCAGACCCAGGUAGAUAUCGAAGAUUGGUAGGAAAGUUGAAUUACCUUACUAUGACUAGACCUGACAUAUCCUUUGCCGUAAGUGUUGUUAGUCAGUUCCUUAAUUCUCCUUGUGAUAGUCAUUGGGAUGCAGUGGUUCGUAUCUUGAGAUAUAUAAAGGGGUCUCCAGGAAGAGGAAUAGUUUAUGAGAAUAGAGGUCACAAUAAUGUUGUUGCAUAUACAGAUGCAGAUUGGGCUGGAUGUCCUAGUGAUCGACGUUCAACAUCUGGUUAUUGUGUUCUUAUUGGAGGGAAUCUUAUUUCUUGGAAAAGCAAAAAGCAAAGCGUUGUUGCUAGAUCCAGUGCAGAGGCCGAAUAUCGAGCUAUGGCUCUCACCACAUGUGAGCUUAUUUGGUUGAAACAACUUCUUGACGAAUUAAAAUUUUGCAAGAUUGAGUCAAUGAGUCACAUUUGUGAUAACCAGGCAGCCGUUAUUGCAUCUAAUCCAGUCUUUCAUGAGCGGACAAAGCACAUAGAGAUUGAUUGUCACUUUAUCCGUGAGAAGAUUCUUUCUGGGCAGAUCGUUACUUCUUUUGUGAACUCUAAUGAUCAAUUGGCUGAUAUUUUCACCAAGUCUCUCAGAGGUCCGCGAAUAUCUUGUAUAUGUACCAAGCUUGAUGCAUAUGAUAUAUAUGCACCAGCUUGAGGGGGAGUGUUGAGAUAUUGCCUUGAUUUAGUUUCCUUUAUUACUAUUAUGUGAUAUUUUGUUUACAUCUUUAUGUUGUUAGCACUUAUUAUUAUCCCUAUAAUUUGGGGAUCUUGAUUGUAUAGUUUUGAUUAUAAAUACAACAGGCUGAGGGCUUAGUCCUUCAAGUAAUUCAACCAUUUCAUUCAAGAACAAUCUUAAACAAUCUCUCAAAUGUUAGUUUGGGUGGUCCAACUUGUUCUUACUAAAAUUUGGGAUAAUUCACAGUCAAGACUAAAAAGGAUCUCUGAAAGUUUGUAAAUAUAAGGUAAUUAAUUCACAUUAUAUAUUUCAACUAGCAUUAAAAUUCACUGUGCUGUAAAUAAAAUCUAUUUUUACUAUUACUAGAGAUUUUUAUUUUUAGUAGUCCUUUAGUCCAUUAAUCG